AUGGUAAAGUUUAUGAAUGAGAAUGAUUAUCAUGAAGUUGGGUUUGUUGGACAAAUAUUCACUUGGUGCAACAACAAAAGGGGAGGAGAUCAGAUUCUGGAAAGACUUGAUAGGUGUAUUCUUAAAACUUUGGCCAUCAACAAAAUCCAAAUUACUUUGGUUAGACACCUUUCCAGAGUUGCUUCGGAUCACUGUCCGAUUGUUCUGAAGAUAUUUGAGUCGGUUUGUAAAGGCAGAAGUGGAUUUAAGUUUGAAAACACUUGGCUUUCAUUCAAGACAGUGGAGCAUAUUGUUUCUAGUAGGUGGAAGAGAACUUUCUUGGGAGAUGACAUGGAGAUUCUUAACAAAAAAUGCAAAAGAAACUUAAAAGAUUUAUUUUACUGGAGCAAGGGUAGACUGGAGAAUUUCUCCUUGGAGAAAGAAAGACUGAAAGCUGAGAUUAUAAACUUGCAAGAAGAAGAAUCUAGAUACGGUUGGUUGACUAAGGAGAAGCUCUGUUUACUUAAAGCUAAGGUUAAAGAACUUAAUGUUGUUCUUAAUAAUCUUAAUACUUGGUGGAAGCAAAGGGCAAAAGCUAAGUGGGUCAAAGAUGGUGAUGCAAAUACCAAAUUCUUCCAUUCCUUUGCCAACUCUAGAAGGAAUGUUAAUCGAAUUUCCCAUGUUAAGGACUCUAAUGGAAUGCUGACUAAAUACCUGAAAGAGAUUGAGGAGGUAUUUAGUAGGUUUUUUCAGGGGAAGUGGAAAUCCAGAAACUGCAGCUUUUCUUGA